ACUGUGAUAAAGCGCAGAAUUACAGGAGUAAGAUAAACAGGAUCAGGAUCUCUAAGCCGCCAUGCUCUGGCUGAUAACAAGAUGAGGACCGUGUGACGACAGUCCAGCCGGUCAGUCCCGAUGAUCAACACAUGAGUUCCCGGGGGGUUCUCUUAGCUUCGCACACCCCGCAAGGCCUAACGGCAACCCGAAUAGUUGCUUAAUGUCGCAAAUCUAUGUUUAUAGUUAAACUUGCAAGUAUUUUUCGACUACUGUUGUAAAGACGCCCUUCUGGUUAUCUGAAAAUGAGCUCAGAGAUACCGAGUAUUGAGAUCAAUCCGCCGUUGUUGAAUUCAGCAAACCCUUGGGCGUCUUCGCAUCGUGACAUAGAGGCACUGUUUAAGUGUCCCUCACUCGGGGCCAUCACAACUAGAACAUCUCUUUUGAAUGGCUUCAAACACGAUGCCGCGAUGCAUCAAUACACGUUCUUUGAUCCUGUGACUCAUGGAUCCAGUGGAGAUGUGAAGAAUGUGAAGGACGAGGAGAGGUCGAGCCUUAAUACCUUGGGGUAUAGUCCGGUACUUCUGAAAGAAUACCUCGCGUUUAUCAAAGCAAUAUCGGACGACCUGCCAGAGCCGUCAAAGAAGCUGAUCAUUGUUUCGGUGACUGGCACCCCGGACGAGGUGGCACAAUGCUACAAAGAGGUCGCAGAACAUAGCAAGAUGGUUCAGAUGCCUCUGGCUCUGGAGAUCAAUCUGAGCUGCCCAAAUAUCCCGAACGCACCACCACCGGCUUAUUCGGGAGAGUCUUUGUUGCUAUAUCUUAAAGCCCUAAGAGAGAUUAUCUCAACUGACGAUCAGCCACGAAUCCCUUUCGGGCUCAAGACACCACCUUACACACACGCUGGUCAAUUUGAAACAGUCAUUGGCGCCCUGCGAGCGCAAGGAUCGCCCUGUCCAGUUAGCUUUCUGACAGCGACGAACACAUUAGGGUCAUGCCUCGUGCUUGAAGAUAUCAACACGGACACUGGAGAGCCGAAGUUGCCUGGGCUGGGUGUCGGCGGGAUGGCUGGUGCUUCGUUACACCCCUUGGCCUUGGGCAACGUUGCCACUCUGAGAAAAAUCCUCGACCAAGCUGAAGAGACUAAAAACGUCAAAGUCAUCGGGAUUGGGGGCGUUGAGGAUGCCGCUGGGUAUCGGCGGAUGAAAGGGGUAGGGGCUUGUGCAGUUGGAGUAGGGACAGCAUUGGGGAGGAAGGGUCUAGAGGUCUUCAAAGAGAUCGAAUCCGGGUUGCAGGGGAAAUGGUAGGAUCUCAGUUCGAUUUGUUUCAGUUUGGUAUUGCCAAAAGCCAGCGGUACAUGAGAUAUCUACAUGAUAUUCAUGUCUUUAGUUGGAUAUUAUAUAUUGUCGAGAUGUAGCUGGCAAAUAGACAAUGUACCGAUACAAAGUCUACGGAAAAUUUUGAAAAGUAGAUGAGAAUUUCAAAAUGAUGGUUGGACAGUGUGAUCAUCGUGAACGAAUCCGGAAGCGUCUCCGAAUGUUGUCACAGUUAUUACAUUCAGAGCUUGC